AUUUGCUUAGCAUAGUUAGAACCAGAAGAACUUUCCUGUUCAAGAAGGAAGAAGAAUGUCACCUGCUGCUGUGUCUCUCGCUGCCACCCACCUUCCCAUCUGCAACUCCCUGGAUGUUGCCAGAAAGUGCCACAUUAAAUCAUCUGUGAGGAGAGAGAACCUGAACCAGAGAAUGGUUUCGGAUGCCGAUUUUCGAAGAAGAAAGCUGCUCCAAUCUGUGGGGCUGGGCCUCGUUGGAGCAGGGCUAUCUGUAGCUAAGCCGGCAACGGCUCGGCCAGAGAGUCCUCAAGAGUCUGCAUCCAGCAGGAUGUCUUACUCACGAUUCUUGGAGUACCUGAACGAAGGAGCAGUGAAGAAGGUGGAUCUAUUUGAGAAUGGGACGGUCGCCAUUGCUGAGAUAUCUAACCCAGCCUUGAAAAAGAUCCAGAGAGUCAAAGUGCAGCUUCCCGGAUUGCCCCCGGAGCUUCUCAGGAAACUCAAAGAGAAGGAUGUAGAUUUUGCAGCGCAUCCUGUGGAACCCAAUGUGGGACUUGCAAUCCUCGACUUGUUGGGAAAUCUGGUCUUCCCCUUGCUGUUACUGGGAACUUUGUUCCUUAGAUCUUCAUCACCGAAUACUCCAGGAAGCCCCAACUUGCCUUUUGGACUGGGAAGGUCAAAAGCCGAGUUUCAGAUGGAACCCAACACAGGAAUCACCUUUGAUGAUGUAGCUGGAGUCGAUGAAGCAAAGCAGGAUUUCAAGGAGAUUGUUGAAUUCCUGAAAUCCCCAGAGAAGUUUGCUGCUGUCGGAGCAAGAAUUCCAAAGGGUGUGCUCCUUGUUGGUCCACCAGGGACUGGCAAAACCUUGCUGGCUAAAGCAAUUGCAGGAGAGGCAGGGGUUCCUUUCUUUUCUCUGUCAGGUUCAGAAUUCAUUGAGAUGUUUGUCGGAGUGGGGGCUUCGAGAGUGCGGGAUCUGUUUAACAAGGCAAAGAUGAACUCUCCAUGCCUGGUAUUUAUUGAUGAGAUUGAUGCAGUAGGAAGGCAGAGGGGAACAGGAAUUGGAGGAGGAAAUGAUGAAAGAGAACAGACACUGAAUCAGCUACUCACUGAAAUGGAUGGUUUUAGUGGUGAUAGUGGAGUUAUUGUAAUUGCUGCUACUAACAGACCAGAAGUUCUUGAUUCAGCUUUGCUCAGACCAGGAAGAUUUGAUCGACAGGUAACUGUUGGAUUGCCUGACAUCAGAGGAAGGGAAGAAAUACUAAAAGUGCAUAGCAGCAAUAAGAAGCUCGACAAAGAUAUAUCCUUGAGUGUUAUUGCAAUGAGAACACCAGGAUUCAGUGGUGCAGACCUGGCAAACUUGAUGAAUGAAGCAGCAAUUCUUGCUGGAAGGCGAGGAAAAACUAGAAUAACAGCAAAAGAGAUUGAUGAUUCAAUCGAUCACAUUGUGGCUGGCUUGGAAGGAACCAAGAUGACAGAUGGGAAAAGCAAGAUACUGGUGGCUUACCACGAGAUUGGACAUGCCAUUUGCGCGACACUCACCCCUGGACAUGAUCCAGUGCAAAAAGUAACUCUUAUUCCUCGAGGUCAAGCUAAAGGCCUUACUUGGUUCCUCCCUGGAGAAGACCCAAGUCUUAUUUCGAAGCAGCAGAUCUUUGCUAGAAUAGUUGGAGGUUUAGGUGGCAGAGCAGCAGAGGAAGUAAUAUUUGGUGAAUCAGAAGUAACCACUGGUGCAGCUGGAGACUUGCAGCAGAUAACACAGAUAGCAAAACAGAUGGUCACCAUGUUUGGAAUGUCUGAGAUUGGGCCAUGGGCAUUGGUGGAUCCAGCAGUGCAAAGUGGUGAUGUGGUUCUGAGAAUGCUAGCUAGGAAUUCCAUGUCUGAAAAGCUUGCAGAAGACAUUGACAAGUCGGUAAAAGAUAUCAUUGACAAAGCCUAUGAAAUAGCAAAGAAACACAUUAGGAACAAUCGAGUGGCCAUGGACCACUUGGUUGACGUACUGCUAGAAAAAGAGACUCUCACAGGUGAUGAAUUCAGAGCAAUUUUAUCCGAGUUCAUCGAUAUUGCACAACAAAGAGAUGAGACAAGAGCUGCUACAGAACCGGUUGUUGCUUGAGGUGUCCAGUUAGUUCAUGUAAAAGUUCCCAGUGACAUGACUUGAUAUGCUGCCUAAUGAAAAAUGCUAGGCAGUCAAUUGGUGAUGCAUGUAUAAGUUUUCGGUUAAUGUGUAUAUAUAAUAAAAUCUAUACAAGCUUUAUGGAACAAUCAAAAUUUUGAGGAGUC